GUAGCAGCAGCGUGGUGAAGAAGCGUCCAACGUGGAUAAAUAACAACGACGACAGUUUCUGGAAUUACCGCUUAUUUGCAAUAACAGCUUCCUGUAGUUUGAGGUUUGAGGUUAUUUAGACCCGACCAGUUGAAGAAAACCGUCAGAGGUUCCGUUACAAAAUGCCUCAUCGAAAGAAGAAAUCGUUCAUUGAAAAGAAGAAGGCUGUGACCUUUCACCUCGUCCACAGAAGUCAGAGGGACCCUCUGGCUGCAGAUGAGAAAGCCCCACAGCACGUCCUCCUGCCCACCAACAAGGUGGAAGUAGAGAAGAGGCGUGAGGAGCAGAGGAAUUUUGGCGUUUUCUUCGACGACGACUACGACUACCUGCAGCACCUGAAGGAGGCGUCGGGCCCGACUGAGCUGGUGGCAGCCGGCCCCUCACACACCGUCAGGCAACCUAUUCACCUCCGUGAUGACGAGGAGGAGGAUGACACAGACAAGGCCAUUCCCGUGGCUACCAUCAACCUGCCAUCUUCAGUGUUCGCCUCAGAGUUUGAAGAGGAUGUAGGACUUCUGAACAAAGCUGCUCCAAUCUCAGGACCGCGGCUGGACAUGGACCCUGACAUCGUGGCUGCUCUUGACGAAGAUUUUGACUACGACGACCCCAACAAUGUCCUGGAUGAUGACUUCAUCAUCAAAGCAAACUCUGCGAGCGGGGCGUUGGACAUGGAAGGUGACAAUGAAGAUGAUGAUGAUGAGUGGGAGGACACAGACGAGGAAGGCGACUUCGACUCUGAGGGCGGUUUUUCAGGUGAUGAGGACAUGGAAGGGAGCGGCUGCGGUAGAGAGUUUCUGUUCAUGGACGAGGAGACGAAGAGUCGAUUCACAGAGUACUCGAUGACGUCGUCUGUGAUGAGGAGGAACGAGCAGCUCACUCUGCUGGACGACCGCUUCGAAAAGUUUUACGAACAGUUUGACGAUGAUGAGAUCGGCGCCCUGGACAACACAGAGCUGGAGGGCUUCAUCGAACCGGACAGCGCUCGUCUAGAGGAAAUUAUCAAAGACUACUUCAUACAGAAAGAGAAGGAAUACCAGAGGCCGGAUGACUUGGGUCCCAAAGAACUUCCUGUUGUGAAGGAGGAGGAGGAAGAUGAGGAAGAGGAGGAGGAAGAGAUGGAAACUGUUGUUAUAACAGCUCCAGAGGAGAAGUGGGACUGUGAAACCAUCAUCAGCACAUAUUCCAACAUAUAUAACAGACCCAAAGUAAUUGAAGACCCACCAAAGCCAAAGCAGAUCCGUGUGUCCAGUAAGACGGGUAUCCCUCUGGACGUCCUUCCUAACAGAGGCCUGACCGCCAAGCAGGCAGAGCGCAUGUCGAGGAUCAACGACUCGGACCUGCCGCGAGUGUCCACCCAGCCCCGCAGCAAAGAGGAGAGCAAAGAGGAGAGGAAAGCAAGGAAGCAGGCCACCAAGGAAGAACGCAAGGAGAGGAGAGUAGAGAAGAAAGCCAACAAGAUGGCAUUCAAGGAAGAGAAGGUCCGACAGGAGAAGCAGAUGUUGAGCCUGAGGAUGAACGUUCAAGGCCUGAAGCUUUAGUUGCCGACUGCCGGCACUCUGCCUGCACAGACUUUACGCCCGCUGAUCAUCAGCGGACCUGCUGCGCUUCACUUCAGUGGAGCUGACAGGACGGCCAACAACCCCAAACAAGAGGACUGGG